CCAUUGCUACUCUGGGUCGGGUAGAUUCCGGAUCGCUCGUGAUUUCUGCGGCUUAAUGUGUGUAUAAUUGCAAUUGCUUCAUUUUUUAUAUGGUGGAAAGUAGUGUGAAGAAACAUUUACAAUGAGUGAAUCACCGGGUUCGGAACAGCGAAGCAAACGUCGCCGGAUCGAUAAGCACGGCCGCUUUGCGGCCUUGGAAAGACUGAAGAAUCUUAAAGCGGCCGGUGUCAAACAUAAGUACGAAGUGGAUGAGGUGAAGAACGUGUACGAUGAGGUGGACGAAAGCGAGUACGCACGGAUUGUAAACGAGCGCGCCCGGGAGGAUUUCGUUGAUGACGACGAUGGAGCCGGAUACGGGUACGUGGAAAAUGGUCGCGAAGUUUUCGACGAAGAUGAACUGGAGGAACAACCGGCCAGUCGAACAAAGGAGAAAAGUAAAAAAGGCAAAAAACGGGCACGGGAGGAAUCGACACCCGUAGCCGGUCGAAAAAGCCUUAAAAACUACUUCAACAAGGAACGCGAAUCGAAGGUGAAAAUUUCCGACGAUGACGUCCUAGCGGACAUUCUAGGGGAAAUUAAAUCGGAACCCGGGGCUGGCCCAAGUGGCACCGAGCAAGUGAAGGAAAUUCGCCCCAUGAAAAUGAUUCCGAAGUCGAAGCCGAAACCGGUCGAUAAGGAUGAAGAAAUGCGCAAAUAUAUGGAGAAUUUUAGCAAAAAUAUUAGAGCAACGGAAAAAGUAGAGGAACACGACAGCGAUGAAGAAAUGCUGGACCGAGUUCUAAAGCAAAGUUCUUCGGAUAACAGGCAGAAGGAAAAGCCCAAGACGGUUACCGUCAAACAGGAAACUACGGUUGUAGAAACACCGACAGCAAAAGAUUCAGUGGAAAUUAAAAGCGAACCUUCCCCAGUGGAGACGGAUUUAACUCAGAUUGAUUCAGCUUUUCUGCUGGAUGAUGAUUUCGACUUGACCGAAGUUAACAGUCAACCGACCCAAAAACGUCCGGCAAGUCCUGCCGAGCAGAAGCCACCGGACGUAAGCCAAGCAGAGCCGGAAAAGUUGCUCAGUGGGUGGGAGAACAUUUGCGCAACCGAGUUGGAUGACGAUCUGCUGGCGGAAAUUGACACGGGCAUGCCGGAAGGAACCGUCGCUUCAAGUGAAGAUAGCGAACAGACGAUGCGAUUCUGGUUUUGGGAUGCCUGGACGGAUCCGGCCAAGUGUCAGGGGGAAAUUUAUAUUUGCGGUAAAAUGGCGACCGGGAAGAAACCGAACGAAUUUCAAUCCGUGUGUGUUCACGUGCAGAAUGUGGACCGUUGCUUGUACAUGUUGGCCCGGGAAAAGGAACUGGACCUUCGCAGUGGUGUGGAAACGGAAAAGCCUGUUAGCAUGUUGGAUGUGUAUAACGAAUUUUGCAAUGACAUCAGCAAUCGGCUUAAGGUUACGAAGUACAAAACGAAAGUCGUCACCAAGAACUUUGCCUAUACGAGCGGGAUGAGCGGCCUGCAGAUUCCAACUCAGAGUGAGUAUCUGGAGGUACGGUAUAGUGCCAAACUUCCCCCACCUCCGUUGGACCGUAAAUAUCGCACCAUUGCGCAUAUUUUUGGAACUAACACUAACAUCGUGGAGCAGUUUCUUCUGGAGCGUAAGGUACGAGGUCCCUGCUGGAUGGAGCUGAAGAACUUCAAAAAAGCUCCCAGUCCGGCAAGCCACUGUAAGGCGGAGUUCAUCGUACCGGACAUUGGCUGCAUCAGUGUUGUACAGAACAAUUCCGCUGCGGUGCCUCCGCUUGUAAUUUGCUCAAUAAAUGUUCGCAGCAUCCUCAACAAAGGAACUAACGAAAUAUCGAUGCUUUCGAUUCUGGUUCAUGAUCGAUUUGCGCUGAAUAAGCCACCACCAAAUCCGCCCUUCGUGCGAUAUUUUUGCGGGGUUGCACGCCCUACCGGAGUUAGCUGGCCGUAUGAUUUCAACCCGAACGAUCCCAAACUGGGUACGAAAGCGACAAAGUGCGAGAAUGAGCGCACGCUGCUUAACUGGUUUCUGGGAGUGUACGGAAACAUAGAUCCGGAUCUGAUCGUCACCCAUGAUGCGUACGAUUUCCAGCUGGACUUAAUUUGCCAACGACUGAUGGCGAUCAAGAUCCAGAACUGGGCUCGCAUUGGACGGCUCAAGAUGAAGACACCUUCCUCGAAGCGGGUGGACGAUUUCUUUGUGGGGCGCAUGAUUUGCGAUGUGAAAACGUCCGCUGAGGAACUGAUAAAGUCUCGUUCGUACGAUUUGAACACACUUUGCGUGGAGGUGCUCAAAAUUCAAGAUGGUGAGCGAAAGGACAUCCUGCUGGACGAUAUUCCCGGGAUGUUCGAAAAUACUGCCGAUUUAAAACAGCUGAUCGGUUUAACGAUGCAGGACAACUUUUACACGAUGCGGUUACUGUGCGAGCUGAACGUCCUUCCGCUGGCACUUCAGAUUACCCAGAUUGCUGGCAAUCUGAUGAACCGCACGCUGCACGGCGGACGGGCCGAGCGGAAUGAAUUUCUCCUGCUGCAUGCCUUCAACGAAAAGGAUUAUAUUCUUCCCGAUAAGGCGGUCAAAGUGGGACCGGCGGGUCUCACUCAGGGCGAGGGCGAUACCGAGCGUCGCAAGCCAAAAAGCAAAGCCGCCUACUCGGGUGGGCUGGUGCUGGAUCCGAUUAAGGGUUUCUACGAUAAGUUUAUCCUGCUGAUGGAUUUCAACUCGCUCUAUCCAAGUAUCAUUCAGGAGUACAACAUUUGCUUCACGACGGUGCUUCCACCGGCCGAAGGAGACGAGGAGGGAACGGCCACGGUACUGCAAACCGAAGAAAUGGGAAUUCUACCGCGACAGAUUCGCAAACUUGUCGAGAGCCGCAAGGCGGUAAAACAAUUGAUGAAAAACCCCUCACUUGAACCGGAACUGAAAAUGCAGUACAACAUCCGUCAAAUGGCGCUAAAGCUAACGGCCAAUUCACUGUACGGUUGUUUGGGAUACACGCGCUCGCGCUUCUACGCCCAGCACAUGGCAGCCUUGAUCACCCAAAAGGGUCGAGAAAUUCUAAUGUGCACCAAGAGCAUCGUGGAGAAAAUGAACUAUCAGGUCAUCUACGGUGACACGGACAGUAUCAUGAUCAACACCAACAGCAUCGACUACGAGCAGGUGUUUAAGAUCGGUUCCACCAUCAAGCAGAUUGUGAACAAAACCUACAAGUGUCUCGAGUUGGACGUUGACGGAAUCUACAAAUAUCUUUUGUUGUUGAAGAAGAAAAAAUACGCCGCCGUUUCGAUUUCGAAAGUGGGUGAUGAGUACAAGUGCACCCAAGAGCUGAAAGGUUUGGACAUCGUUCGCCGCGAUUGGUCCAAACUGGCCGUCAUAGCCGGUAACUUUGUGCUAAACGAAAUUCUUUCCGACAAACCGAUGGAUGAGAGAAUUGAAAACAUCCAUAUAAAACUGGAAAAAAUGAAGGAUGAUCUGCUAGCCGGUUCGACGUAUCUUUCACUGCUGGAAAUAACCAAACAACUAACGAGACCGCUGAACGAGUAUGCGGAUGCUUCGCAACUGCCCCAUGUGGCAGUUGCCAUGCGGAUGAACAAACAGCGAAAUCGCCACUUCAAGCGGGGCGACGUCGUGGGCUAUAUAAUCUGUGAGGACGGAACAUCGGCUGCGGCUAUGAAACGCGCCUAUCACAUCGAUGAGCUGAAAGAUCCGGCCAAUAAAGACAAACUGAAGCCGGAUGUCGAGUACUAUUUGUCGCAGCAAAUUUUCCCAGUUAUCUUUCGUAUUUGUGAACCCCUGGAAGGAACGGAUGCCUGCCGAUUGGCUCUCUGUCUCGGCUUGGAUCCGAAACGCUUCCAGAAUCUUGGGGUGGCGAGGGACGGUGAUCGCGAGCAUGCGGAUGGCGAAGCUGUGCAGAAAUCGAUCACACAGAAGUAUCGCAUGUGUCAUCGGUUCGAAUUCACAUGUGUGACGUGCAACACAAAAAAUCCCGUCGCCAGUGGAUUCCGGCGGGAAGCCGGCCGCCAAAAGUCAGUUUUUGAAAAAUGCUCCAACGAGAACUGCACGGUGCUUCCGCAGCAAUACCUGCCGGCAAUCGUCAACGAACUAACGCUGGCAAUUCGCGCGGAUGUGAAACGAUUCUAUCAGCGCUGGAUGAUCUGCGAUAAUCCGAUUUGUAAUCGAAACACCCGACUGUACUCUCAGGUGGCCAGCAAAAACAAUCCUCACUGUUUGCACUGCCAGAAGGGCUUGCUAGUGCAACAGUACUCCGAGUCGGAUCUGUACCUCCAACUGAACUAUUACAACUACAUGUUCGAUUUGAAUGAGUACUCUAAAGUUGCCAAAACCCUUCCGCCGGAGAUACGCAAUAUAUACACCGUGCUGAAGGCAACCGUUGAUCGGUUUCUGGCACGCUCGAAGUACGCCCACAUUAAGAUGUCCACGUUGUAUUUGAACUACGCCAUCAAACCGAGCCUGCCGCACUUGCCCAAGAUAUACCCGGUUCGAGACCUGGCCGAACGGCUGCAAGCUGCCAAGCGGGGGGGAUCGGAAAAGUCAGCUAUUGCUGCAGGCGGGAAGAUUCCAUGGGGUCAGUACCUAAACUGGGAGUGAAAAGUGGACAGUUUAUUUUAUUAUCAGCAACUGUUUUUUUAAUAGCAUACGAUCUAGCAUGUAAGCUUCAACAGGUUUGUAAUAAAACAUUUUC